AAUUCUCUUCUAAGAUGCCUAUAACUUUACUAUGGGAGUAUCUCUCCCUUGAACUUCUCUUGGUCUUGACCAUUAUCCUAGCGUCACUUCUGACAAUACUUUUUGUCAUCUUCGUUGGAUAUAUUCAUUAUCAACACUGUCUUUACAAGCACAUCCCUGGACCUCCACGAGACAGCUUCWUCUCUGGUAACGUUCCUACCAUUCAGAAAGAAGUUGUCGAGAAUAAGAAAGGUGUAUGCGAGGUUUGGUUUGACUGGCAUUUACAGUACGGCUCGGUCUUUGUAUUUUGGGUUUAUCAUACGGCCAUCGUUAUUGUUACAGACCCUGAAUUGGUCAAGAAAUUACUUGUUACACUCAACCUUCCUAAGGCACCUCGUGUUUAUAACUUGAUAUCAUAUUGCUAUGGAGAACGAUUAGCAGGUCAAGGGAUUCUCACCGAAAUAAACCACGAAGUCUGGAAACGAAAAAGAGCGAUGCUUAAUCAAGCUUUCCAUAGGACUUACCUGAUGAACUUGAUGAACGCUUUCAAUGAAAGUUGUGAUGUGUUUUUGAGAAAGAUUGAGAAGCUCGCAGAUGGCAAGACCAAAGUCAGGAUGACCGAUGAGUUUGCAAGGGUUACUCUGGAUGUGAUUGGAAAGGUUGGGUUUGACAUCAAUACCAACUCUAUACAAGAUCCAGACAGCCCAUUUCCAACAGCUGUGGCUCAAUGUCUUGAAGGAGUUCAAAGUGCAAUGAGAAAUCCUUUCUGGAUGGUAAAGUUUUGGACAUUUCCAUACCAAGAGAGGAUAAAGAAGUCUAUCCGUUACCUCCGUCAGUUUGCUGAGGGGGUAAUCAGCAAAAGGUUGGAAGCUUUAAUGCAUGAACGAGACCAGCGUAAUGAUGUACUAGCACACAUUCUGGCCAUGGCUGAGAAAAACUCUGAUUACUCUAUGGAUAAAUUAGUAGAUGACUUUGGGACAUUCUUCAUUGCUGGGCAGGAGACGACAUCCAAUCAGCUGUCAUUUACACUGUUUGAAAUUCUAACACACCCAAAUAUGGAAAAUAGGAUCUUCGAAGAACUUGAUGAAGUGCUUGAUUCAAGGCACUUUGUGGAGUACGAAGACCUGGGUAAGCUACAGUACCUUGGUAUGACCCUUAAGGAGAGUCUCCGCAUGCACCCACCAAUCACGGGUACACAGCGUAUUCUUCUACAGCAAGAAUCACUGGGUGGUUAUACCAUACCUGCAAAUACACCUAUUAAUAUAUCCUAUUACAUCACCCACAAAAGCCCAAAAUUCUGGGAAAACCCUGAAGUCUUUGACCCUGAGAGAUUCUCGGCUGAAAAGAGGGGCAGUCAAUCAAGUUGUCAGUUUCUACCUUUUUCCGCUGGGCCGCGCACAUGUAUUGGCAAGACCCUUGCAGAAUUUGAAGCAAAGGUCAUUAUGGCUCGUUUGUUGCAAGAAUUCAAGCUAGAGCUUGUUGCUGAUCAGAGUCUGUCAAUUAUAGAACAACUUACCAUUAAACCAAGAGAAGGAGUGGUCUGUACUAUAACAAAAAGAUAAAGAUGCCAUCAUGUGAUGGUGCAAAGCCUCUAUUCUCAAUGGAAUAACACAAGUCUGAAAUGGGUAAACAUUAUGCCCAAGGUAAAAAGGGCUACAUGCUUUUCAGAAAGCACAAUUUUUUACUGAAGUUUAUGGAAAAUGUUUUUCAAUGUACAUUUUCAAAAUUGUGAAAAACUUACAUAGGUUACUGAAAGGGUUGUCUUCUAGCUUGCGUCAUGGUUUGGCUAAGAAUUUGAAAAUGUGUUAUGUUUGAAAAUGAAUGAUGUGAUGUCAUCCCUGCAAUUUCAGACCAUGUGUUAUUCCCUUGGGAAGAUUUGAGUCACAUCCAUAUUUAGUGCAUCUUCUCAAAAACUAUUGUCUAACAGAGAUAGAUAGAUAUAAUAAUUACUAUAAAAUAUUAUAGAAUGUUAUCCUGAAAAGUCUUCCUCAAAUGACAAGGUUUAUUUUUUCAAAUUUUAUUUAYUAGAAUUUAUAUUCACUAGGAUGUAUUUAAUUAUUCAAUUGUUAUUUUCAUACCCUUCUAAUGCUUCACUAUUACCAAAGUGUUGCUUUGAUUAACAAAUUAUUCGCAGAAGGCGAAGUGAAUAUCAGUGAGUCUUCAAGCAGCAAGGUAAAUAUUCUCCGAUAUUCACUGAGCCAAGGCAAAUAAUUGUUUUAGUAUAAAUACACAGGUGAUUCUUUCAAAAAAAAGAAGACAAAAGACAUUUUUUUCCCGGUAACAGCGACAAAGCGGCUGAACUUCAUUUUGGAUUAUCGCUGGAGGUGAUUAUCGUGUGAUAGUGUAAGUUUCUUGACCAAAAUCAGCACGUGAGAUUUUCAAUAAUCCCCUGUGUAUUUAUACUAAAAGGGCAUAAUCCAUGUGCCUAUUUUGCCUGAGAUUAUUUAUUUAUAAAAUCUACCAUUAAGUCAACAAUAGUAUUUGCAAGAUGUCUUUCAUAUUUGAAAGGGUCAUGCACUCUUGAAACUGAUAAACAACACUACAUAAUUUCAUAUCUCUGGAAGUAGAAUACUUACUGGCUGACCAGUGAAUGUGGCGUGCACAGGAGUGGACAAAAUAACCAUUGCUAAGCAUUUUUGGAGCUUAAAAGAAGCCAGGAACUAGUCAAAAGAAAACAAGCAGUAUGCAAAAGUUGGGUUACAGUAAUGGGAAUGAGAGUUGGCCACAAAACAGCUAAAAACAUUGUGAUUGGCUGAAACAAAUUCACUGCUCAGCUGGUACUGUUGCUGCAAAACCUAAAUACAUAGCUUAUUCUUUCAUUUUAAUCUUUAUAAAUCUAAUUCAAAGCAAAAAGAUGCAAACAUUGACUAGAAAAUUCUCUCUGGAAAACACAUUCCUAAUCUUUCAUACUUUAGGUCAACUAGCCUCAUUUUCAUUCUUGUCACCACCAGUCUGCCAUGCACUCUUUUAGAGAUAUGAAUACAGUAUGUACUUAAUAGCUAAAUAGUGUGAAAUUAUGGCAAUCGGUUUUCAUGCCACAAGACUUGAUUGUAUAUGCAAAAGUUAGAAAUUAUGAUAAAUUAAGAUUAUAUUAUAGAUUUUAAAAUAAAUAUUGUGCAAGACAUUGAAA